UGUGUAUGGCUUGUGCUUGUGGGUGUCAAGCUGGAGCCGCGCUUAAUUUCUGCCCCGAAGCGCUUGACAUAACCUGCCUGAAGUUCUGGGGCCCCAGGGCCGUGCCCGCUUUGCCUCGUUCAAGAGGCCCUCCGUCUUUGAGAACCAGUGCGCUAGAGGGCGCUCUCCUCCUAACAAACCGUGCCUGCCUCGUCUGUCUGGUUGUCACAUUGUCCAACAUGGCUGCGUCCACGGCGAGGACUUGCCGUCAUCUAUCGCGGCAUGGAUCCCGGAUUCUCCUUAGGCAAGCGGGUCCUUGCCUCGCACCCAGGUCUCAAUUUCACCGCUCUUCCGCCGCACGUAGCGGACUGCUCCUCUCUCUAAAUAAACGCGGUAUUCUGAAGGACUCUUUCCCAGAAAACGCAGCCCAGGACCAUCUACCUCGGUUGCUCCAGUCCGGGGCUCAGACUGUAUACUGCGGCUUUGACCCCACGGCCGACAGCCUGCAUGUGGGCAACUUGCUCGCCAUCGUGGGCCUGCUGCACUUCCGUAGCGCCGGGCACCAUGUCCUCGCGGUGCUCGGCGGGGCCACGGCGCAGAUCGGGGACCCGAGCGGGAAGACGAGCGAGAGGGAGCGGCUGUCGGCGGACACCGCGGAGGCGAACACCCACAGCAUCCGGGAGAGCAUCCAGAGGAUUUUCACCAACCACGAACUGCACUUCCACGACGGCCCCCGGAAGCCGGGCACCGUGGCCGUACUGAACAACCUGAGCUGGUACAAGGACUGGGGCGUCGUGGCCUUCCUGUCGGAGGCCGGCCGGCACUUCAGGAUGGGCGCCAUGCUCAGCCGCCACAGCGUGCAGUCCAGGCUGCGGGGCGCGGACGGCAUGAGCCUGGCGGAGUUCACCUACCAGGUGUUCCAGGCGUAUGACUUCUACCACCUGAACCAGAUAUACGGCUGCAAGAUUCAGCUCGGGGGCACCGACCAGCUGGGCAAUUUGAUGUCUGGCCACGAGUACAUUCACAAAAUGACUGGGGAAGAGGUGUACGGCCUGACCAUCCCCCUGGUGACCAGCUCUGUCGGGGACAAGCUGGGGAAGACGGCAGGCAACGCGGUGUGGCUCAACAGAGACAAGACAUCACCCUUUGAACUCUACCAGUUCUUUCUCAGACAGCCUGACGCCAGUGUGGAAGGGUACCUGAAGCUGUUCACCUUCCUGCCUCUGGCGGAGGUGGAGAGGCUGAUGGAGCAGCAGAGAGAGGAUCCAGGUAAACGCCUCGCACAUAAACGCCUGGCUGCAGAGGUGACGAAACUGGUGCAUGGAAAGGAGGGCCUCGACAGUGCUAAGAGAUGUACCAAGGCACUGUACCACAGCAGCGUGCAGGCCUUGGAGGAGAUGAGUGACGAGGAGCUUCAGGAGCUCUUCAGGGAGGCUCCCUUCCAUGAGCUGCUGCUGGAGCCGGGGACCACUGUGUUAGACGCCUGCCGCAGAGUCAACGCAAUCCCAGAGGGACCCAGAGGGUACCAGAUGGUUCUGGACGGAGCAGUGUGGAUCAACCACAGGCGGACAGACAAGCCGGAGCAAGUACUGAUCCCCAAACUCCACAUCCUGUCUAAUGGACUCACCUUGCUCAGAGUGGGAAAGAGGAACUUCUACAUCAUCAAGUGGCUCAGUCUCUGAGGACGCCUGCUCUCAAAAGGGACCAGUUUACUGUAAUGGACUGACAGGGAAGGUAGGCUACUACACCUCAGCAGGGUCCUUGAGGAGACACUGAUGGACUGAUACUUUGGUACAUAGAAGGCUCUGGUGUAGCCUAAACCCUUAGCGAUUUCCUGUGUGGGUCAUAUAAAUAUGUAUAUGUACAGAUGUGACAUUUAUCAAAAGGUAAGGUAUUAAAAAAAG